CUCGACUCCAGAAUUUUAUGUUUCAGAAAUACUUGUUGCUUUAAAAUGAGUGAAAGCUUACUUGUGGAGAUAGGUACAGAUAAACCUGAACUAGAUUGUAAACUCUGCUAUUUACCUGCACAGACAGAGGACAGCAAAAUACAGCUGGGUCCUCUGUACGAGUAUGGAGUCUGCAGAUCUCAUCAUUUCUGUCUCAUGUUCUCCUCAGGACUGGAGCAAAAGGGGGAGGAGGAGGAGGGGAUAAAGGGGUUUAUGCCGGCUGAUAUAAUAAAAGAAUGGAAACGUGGGGGUUUUUUAAAAUGUUUUUAUUGCAAGAAAAAACAUGCAACCGUAGGAUGCUUUGAGUCAAACUGCAGGAAAUGUUACCAUCUUCCUUGCGGACUUAAGAAUGGUGCUCUUCAACAGUUUUAUGGAAACUUCAAAACUUUCUGUAUUGAUCACAGACCAAUCCAGACACCCUUGGCUACGAAAAACAAGAAGACUAAAUUAGAUAAAGACUGCAGCAUUUGUUUUGACACCCUUGACAAUGAUUGGAAUGAAAAUAUUUGGACACCCUGUUGUGGAGGCUGGUUUCACAGGACGUGUAUGACUCGAAUGGCCAGUACAGCCGGAGCUCAUUUCUUCAAGUGUCCCCUUUGUAAUAAUAUUGAUGAGUUCACAAAAGAGAUGCUGGAGUUUGGAAUAUAUGUUCCAGAUCAGGAUGCCAAAUGGGAGACUGAAGGAGAAGCAUUUAAUGAUCUUCUGCUCCGCCCUGACUCCUGUGAUGCUCCGGUCUGCAAGUGCCCAGGAGGAAGAAAGAUGGAUGUGGAGGACUCUAAAUGGGAAACAGUUAUCUGUGUCUGUUGUGGAGCACAGGGUAUUCAUAUUGAGUGUGGAGGAUUGAACUUUGACCGGCCCCGCUGGAAGUGUAAUACCUGCAGAGAUGUGCUAAAGAAGAUACCCAACAAACCUGUCUCUGUCUUCAGUAGGGUCAAACGGAAUCAACAAGAUGAGGCUGGAACUAUGGAGAAACUGAUGGCGAAGAUUAAGUUCAAUGUUAAACCUUCUCGAACUCCUCUCACCAACAUACACAAUAUUCAGGUGACAGUAGGCCAUGUGAAAAUACGAUUAGAUUCAGCUCCUGUUUUGGAUAUUCCACUUCCUGUUCAACUGAAACAGGAGAACAAGGAAAAACCAAAGUCAGAGCAAAGUCGACAAAAUGAGGAACAGGAAUCGAAGCAGAGUUCUAAAAAAAGGUUUGCUACACAUGAAUUUUCAAGAAGUUUCUCAAAUUAA